AUGACUGAUAUCUCAGUCUUGGAUGAAUGGAAAGCAAGUCUCUUUUUGGAGGAUUUUCUUGAAAAACAAACAGGCACAGGACUGACGACCCAGAUUAACUGUGAAUUUGAGGAAAUUGUUCCAAGUUCAAACCCAAACUCCCAAACUGACAUAGAGGAAGCCAGCAUCUAUACCCAGAAGGACUAUAGUGAAGAGUUUACACUUGUCAACUGUUCAGAAAAAUGUUCAGCACUUCAAGCACAGAACCAAGAUUUUUUUAUUGAUGAUGAAGAAAUAAUUUUUUUAAAUAAUUCGAUGGCCUAUGAAAAUCACCUACCAACUGUGCAUACUUUGUUGAGUAGGCUAAAAGUAUAUUUGGUGAAAGACCCCCUUUUAGAUUUCAAAGGACAGAUCUGCACAGAGGCUGAUCUUCCCAGGGAAUGUUUCUCUUUUCAAGGCGAUUUGAAAGAUUUUGUGCUAAAAGAUAUUUACAUGGAGAAAGAAAACUUCUGUCUGGAGAAACUGGAAGACAAAGUAGGUUUAAAUGAAGUUCCAUCACAUUUGCUCGAGUGUGAAUUCUUAAUACCUCCAAGUCUCAAACAAGAAACUGGUAUUCCUUCUCUGUCAGAGCUGAAGGAAUCAUUAAACUUAAUGCCAGAAAUAAUAAAUUAUGUAGAUGAAAAUGAAAAACUUUUCAAAAGAGAUCUUACUACCAAGAAGGGAAUUGACAUUGAAGAUAUAAAAUGCAAUUCCACAGAGAGUUUGAUCAUUCAAAGUCAGUGUGAGCCAGAGUGUGAUAAAUUCGUAGAGUUAGAAAUGCCCUUAACUCAACUAGACCUAACAAACGAACAACCUUCUUCAGUGAAUUCAUUAUGUACAAGACUUCAGACAUUUCCAUAUUCUCCUGUUUCUAAAAUCAGUUUGCUUACUGCUGAAGAAUCAGCCAACAAAGACGAUAAGAUGUUGCAGUCAGAAAGCUGUAGAAACUCUUUGAACUCAUUUUUGCUUAAAGUGCCAGGAACUGAAGAGCCUGACAGCCAAUAUUCAGUUCCAGAUUUGAAAGAGAGAUUUUCAAUUGAAGAAGAAAGCCUUGUAAUUAAUCCUGUAAAUACAGAUGGGUGCAAACAAGCAGGACUAAAUCUGAUAGUGACAGAAACUUUAGAACACUUGAACACAAAUUUGUCUCUUGAUCUAUCGUCUCCUGAUACUAAAAUGGAAAUAGUUUUGCCUACAAAAGAGCUCCAAUCAGAAUCAUUGCUAGAACAUGAAGAUUGUUCCUCCUCUAUUGUCCUUAUUAAUGAGGAGUCCACAAGUGAUCAUUUAUCACUUCCACAAAAAAGCCCGUCUGUGGCAAAUGAAAUACCAGAUAUGGGUGCUUCUGAUGAAUGUGUCACUAUUAAAACACCAACAAAGGAAGAAAGACCAAAGGAUGAUCUAGAACUAGUUGGCGGAAUAAUUGAAAAUAAAGAUUACUUUGAACAUGACAGCACAGUACUGUUGACUGAAUCAUCUUUAUCUUCAAACAUUGAAAAGUCAUUCUUUAAACAUGGUAAAAAAUGGGGGCAUGAUUUAGACCCUUUGAAUGACUUUAUUAUGCUGCGAAAUAAAUAUGAGAUAUGUACCUCAAAGAAUGAAGUCACAGACAAUAGUGAAAAAGAUGAUAAAGAAUGUUCUUUGACUAUUCAAGGAGAAAGUCCAAUUGUUUGUAUUAAUAAAACACUGGAGGAAGUCAAUCAGGAAAGCACCGAAAAGCAUGUCAUUGAAAUUCAAGCUUCCGAUAGCCAAUGCCAAGCGUUUUGUCUCCUAGAAGCGGCAGCUACUCCUAUCUUAAAAAACCUUGUGUACUCCUGCACUCUCCCUGCUGCUAAUUGGAAAUUUGCCACUGUUAUUUUUGACCAAACAAGGUUCUUCUUGAAAGAACAAGAAAAAAUUAUAAGUGAUGCUAUUCACCAAGGUACAGAUGAUGAAAGAGAAAUGACAUUCAAGCAUGCUGCUCUCUUACACCUUCUGGUAACAAUUAGAGAUGUGCUUUUAACAUGUAGCUUGGACUCAGCAUUAGGAUAUUUGUCAAAUGCAAAAGACAUCUACAAAAGCAUUUUAGGCUCUUACUUGGGAGGCAUUUGGAGACAGCUGAAGAUUGUACAGUUUAUUAGGGGAAGAAAGCCUGAAACCAAUUAUAAGAUACAAGAAUUGAAAUGUCAGAUACUAAGUUGGAUGCAAAGUGAACAGCAAAUUAAGGUGCUGAUUAUAAUAAGAAUGAACUCAGAUGAUGAAAAACAUCUACUCAUUAAAUUCCUUAGCAAAAUGGAAGGUAUAACUUUGACUGUUUUACACUCAAAUGAAAGGAAAGAGGUUUUGGAAUCCGAAGGCAUUUUAAAUGGUACAAGUUCCUGUGUAGUUGUACACAAUCAGAACAUUGGAGCAGACUUCCCCUGGAGCAGUUUCUCAUUUGUGGUGGAGUACAAUUAUGUAGAAAACUCCUGCUGGACUAAACACUGUGAAACUCUGAACAUUCCAUACAUGGCCUUUAAAGUGAUUCUUCCAGAUACAGUUUUAAAAAGAAACACCUUCAUAGAUAGAUUUGGUGGUUUUCCUUUGGAAAUUCAGAUUCCAUAUGUCUUUUAUGCAUCUGAAGGACUUCUUAACAGUCCAGAAAUGCUUCAGUUGCUAGAAUCCAACUAUAAUAUCACACUAGUGGAAAGAUGCUGCAGUGAGUCGUUGAAACUCUUUGGCGGCACAGAGCGUUAUGUUGUGGUUACAAUUGAUGAACACACUGCCGUACUCUUACAGGACCUGGAAGAACUGAAUUAUGAAAAGGCAUCAGACAAUAUCAUUAUGAGACUGAUGGCAUUAUCAUUCCAGUACAGUUGUUGUUGGGUAGUUUUAUAUACCAAAGAAAUAUUAAACUCGGAUUACUGUUUUACAGAAAAGACACUUCAUCACCUCGCGCUGAUUUAUGCAGCUUUGGUUUCAUCUAGCCUAAAAUCACAGGAACUGGAUGUAAAGCUUAUACUUUCCCCAGGAGUGGAAGAGACUGCCUUGAUAAUACGACAGAUUGCUGAUCACAACUUAAUGACCUCGAAGAGAGAUCCUAAUGAAUGGUUGGAUAAAUCCUGGCUUGAAGUUUCACCAACAAAGGAAGAAAUGUACUUGCUUGAUUUUCCAUGUAUUAACCCAUUAGUAGCUCAACUCAUGUUAAAUAAAGGACCCUCACUGCACUGGAUUUUAUGUGCAAGUCUUUUUCAACUUGAGGAGCUCCUGCCUGAAGUGCCAGAAAAAGUACUAAAGCAUUUUUAUGACAUUACAUCCCUAUUCAAGAUUAGCUCUUCUCCUGAAACAAAAUCACCUCAAGAUUUAUCACCUGAACGGAAUAGGCAUCAAACUACUACAUGGACUUCUCAAAGUUUAACUUCUGGAGCUUCAGAUAUUAUUCAGGAACAUAACAAAUAUUACCAAUAUUCAGACUUAAGAGAGACAGUGCAGGAAAACACAAACACCACUUCAACUUGUAACUUGCCUCUUAUGGAGCCAAGAGAAAUGCAAUACAUUUUACCACCUGUGACUUCUUACCAACAGACCAGCUACUGGAAAGACUCUAGUUAUAACUCUAACAUAAUACAAAAUAAUCCUUUUCUGAUUAAUACAGAAUCUAGAGAUGUGACAGGUAACUCCUUUUUAAACCAGAAUGAUUCUGUGUCUGAUGUCUUUUCUUUAGAUCUAACACAAAUGAAUCCUGAAACCUUAAUAUUACCAGUUGACACUCAGAAGAGAGUUGUCAAUAAUUUUAUAAAUUAUCAGAGAAGAGGAAUACACAAAACAAAAGUACCAUUAAAUAAUGAAGUAUCUGCCCCUGUCUAUUCACUAGACAGCUCUAAAUCUCUUCCCUGGAACUAUAAGGAAAAUGUAUGGAAACAACAGGAUUACUCAUUCAACUCAAAGUGUGGUAUAGAACCAACUACACGUGAAGCAUGGUACUCUCAGAGAGACAAUUUAUUCACUAGUCAGCAACACUCUGCAUUAAAUGAAUUGGAAGGCUUCUUACAUGAAAGGUCAAAUGCUGGGAGUAAGAUGACUUUUGGGAGAGAACUACCAUCUGUCCCUCCUGUGGAUUUAUUUUGUGCUUCUGAUUCUGAUGUAAAUGAAAAAGAAUUCAACAGCCAUUAUUUCUACCAAAGAGCUGGAAAAUGUUCAGGACAGAAAAGGCACUCUGAAUCUCUAUCUAACACCGGAGACAAGAAAUCAUUAACAGAUUUCAUGUGCUCACAACUACCACAGUUCAAAAAAAGACGCCUAGUAUAUGAAAAAGUCCCUGGUAGAGCUGAUGGACAAACUCGUCUAAGAUUUUUUUGAAAGAGAGAAAAUACAGUGUUAAUUGCCAUAUUCCAAUGUUUUUGAUGAUAAUUCAGUAACAGGAUUUAGAUUUGCUCUUACAUUACAUAAAAAACAAGUGUUCCUAGAAGUUCUCAGUGUUUUCUACAUUAAAUAUUCAUAAGACUUGUUCUGCCCUAUGUAAGUUUGCAUCUUUGUAAGUAAACUAAUUAGCUUAACAGUCAUAAGAUCCAAAUAUUUCCCAGAUUCAUCUAAACAUCUCUAGCCCUUCAUUUUUAAGAGAAACAGAAAACUUCAUUGUGUGUUAACUAAAAGGGUUAUUUUGUUGUCUCUUAAGGGCCCCA